UGAGAAAUUCCGCCACGCACACACACACACAUUCAAACACAUUCACACACUGCAGUCCGUCUGCGUCAAUCCACUCCAGCCCCUCACCCUUGGCGCCCCUUCGUCUCAUCCCAUUCAGGCAGGCACACCAUCCACAAUGCAUCCACAAACUUAUCUGUCUGUCGGUCUCUCAAACAGCCAUCCUGCCUGCCUCCCAUCUGCUGCUCUGGCGUGGCAAGACAGGCAGGCAGACAAACAGGGUCUCUGUACACUCGAGAGUUGAGAAAUGAGUCAGUCUACGGCUACGGCUAGCAGACUGCCAAACGCCACCUGUGCGUCGGCUCCCAUCACCUGCUGCGCCACCCUCACUGUCUCGGGGAACCUCGCGGCACCCUUCUUGCCAUCCACCGGCCGCUCCGUCGUGUAGAGUUGGGCGGAGGCAUAGGACACGUAGGGGUAGUUGAUGCUGUUGAUGGAGAUGUCGGCCUUGAAGGUGUGGUCCGGCUGAUCGCCGCGCCGUGCAGCACUAUCACGCGCUGGCGGCGUCCUUCCGCCGCCAUGCUGCGUGUGCCGGUGGUGCGGCAGUUCCACACGGGCGGCUGCUGAGUGGCGAGCUGCCGCUGAAGAGAAAGUGAGAUAUGACAAUGAGUGAGUGGGGCAGCUGGUGAGGCAAUCGUGUGUGUGUGUGUGUGUGUGUGUGACUGACGAGUCGCUCGUAGCCUGGGGUAUCCCUGUGCUGCCAGACAUCCUGGGCCGCGACUCGCGACUCUCCCCAUGGCAGAGGACGCAUGGAUAUCCUGAUCAGACACACCAUGGCAGAGCGGUGCAGCCAAUGUGUUCGUGUGUGUCAUUCUGGUCGUUUUCCUCACUCAUACAACACAGCGUCGCGAAGUGAAGCAUAGGCAAAAUCUGCCAAGAGCCACACACAGCCAGACGAUCUGUUAGUUUUAGCUCUCCCUUCCCCUCCCUCACCUUCAAUCUCACACACGGGCUUGGCCGGGUCGAAGAUAUCGCGGAAGUGGCUGUCGGCCGGCAGCGUCUGCAGUGUGCGGAUGGUCAGCCGGCACCCAUUCAGCCGCUCCUCGCCGUUGUUGUCGCGCUCCAGCCUCACACCGAGGUGGCGCUGGAUGAGUGACAGCUGCCGCAUCGCCGCACACCGCCCGUCGAAGACUGCCCGGCUGCCCACCCCCUCCACGUCAGCAUUGCCCACCUCUAUCGGCAGUCGCCGCUCCACCCGCCCCCGAUGCUUGGCCAAUCUGAUGAUGGGGACCGUCGCCGCCCAGUCGCCGCUGUGGUCGAUGAAGUACGCCAGCUGCAGCAGCAGGUCGAUGGACGUCAGGUGAGGGGAGAGGGCGAUGAUGCCUGUGAGGCCCUUGGCGACGAGCUGGCCAUCCAUGUGCUCCUUGACCUUCUCGAGCACAGUGCUGGUGAUGCCUUCCCGGUUCUGGUCGUCGUUGAUCUGUGCGAUGAGUGCUUGUCUGGUGGGCUCCGAGUGGGCGGCCUUGCUGAUCACCAGGGACCGCAGUCGCAGUCGUGGAGGGGUGGUGGGGCGGACGUGGCCCGAUGAAAUCAACAUUGCCUGACGGAUGAACCGAACCGACAAGAGAGCGACAGAGCCACCGUGGUGCAUGCCUGGCACAUGAUCUGUCUGUGAGUGCAGCCCUUCAUUCACCUGUGGCUGAGGCAGGUCGGC